AUGCUUGCAAGGACUGGCUUUCACGAUCCGAGCCCAAAGGCUAGAGGCAGACCAAUGCAAUGCCCUUUACCUGCUCGGGUCAAAGGUCAAACCUACUCCACUUCGGCUCCACCAUUUUAUCCCCCUAUAUCCCACACAGCCCUUAUCCGUCCUCCCUGUUUCUCACCCCCAGAGCAUGUAGACCCUAACCAUAUCCCAGGCUCCACCAUUCUAUCCCCCUAUAUCCCACAGAGCCCUUAUCCAUCCUACCUGUUUCUCACCCCCACCAUUAUGACAGAGCAUGUAGUAGACCCUAACCAUAUCCCAGGCUCCACAAUUCUAUCCCCCUAUAUCCCACAGAGCCCUUAUCCGUCCUCCCUGUUUCUCACCCCCACCAUUAUGAUAGAGCAUGUAGACCCUAACCAUAUCCCAGGCUCCACCAUUCUAUCCCCCUAUACCCCACACAGCCCUUAUCCGUCUUCCCUGUUUCUCACCCCCAGAGCAUGUAGACCCUAA